ACUCGUGGACAUGAACAUCCCGUUCAUAUGACGUACCAAAAACCCAGGAUUGAGGAACGAGGUCCGGCUUGAUACAAGCUGUCCCAUUGAAGCUUGCAAGGAGGGCCAGAUAUAAUUCGCCGCAACUUACAAACUUUGGCGGGCUAACGAGGACUGAGUCGCUUGCACACUCUCGCUAUUAGAGUAUUCUCUACCAUCGAUUCGACCAGCCCGCCAUUUGCAAUUUCCAGGACAAACUGGAUGCUUUAAGACAACAAAAUAGUUUGAGGUUUAUUUACCUCAUUGUCUAAAUUAUCAUUCCCCCUAGCGAGUUGGCUUAACAACCAAUCACUCUCUACAUUGUGCCAAUACGGUUACACAUCAACUAAAGGCCAGCAAAGACAUUUCGCAAACAUGAAUGUAGCUGUUGACGCAGGACGAAAGUUCGAUGACUGGCCAGACGAAAGCCAAUGGACACCGGCACCAAUGUUUACUUCACCUUUUGCCCAAAGUGUACCUAUAGCAGAUACGCAAUUCUGGACCUCCCCCGGUCAUAAUACAGAGGAAUACUAUGAGCCGGAUCACAAUCCAGCGCAACAAGAAUUAGGCCGUAGUAUCGACGCCAGCGACAAUUUCGACUCUGGGUUCACCAUCGACAAUGCGGCUGCAGGGGCAGGCGGUUUUAUGUACAACCAUCCUCCGGGUACACAACCAGUGAAUCCCCAGCAUUUCGGUGGCUCAUUCGGUGCGCAUAGGCGGCAUGAUCGCGAAAGCGAUGCGCUAUACGACGGUAGCGUUGCAUCAUCAUCCGUAGGAGCGCCGACGAUACAUAACAAGUUUUCCUCGAAAAGUCCUGAGGCAGCGAAAUUCUCGCCGCAAUCUGCUACAGGAGUCUCGCCAGCAUCAGGGACGUCAUCGAUCAAUUGGAUGCACGAUGACAACGGAGCGAUAGAUCAUCUUUCGCCAGGAUCCCCGGCAUCCAACAUCAACGUCAACGUUGGUUUCGAUCCUCUGAUUCCUCUUUCCACCGCACCUACUCCUGCUAUCGCCACCUCGGCGCAUCCGAUUAAAUCCAGGCGCAAUCGGGAGCGCAAUCGUGUUGCCGCGCAUAAAUGCCGCCAGAAGGCGAAGCAAAGCAUGUCGGACUUACAAUCGCGUGAGCGCGAACUAAGCCAGCAGAACCGAGUACUGCAGGAACACGCCGGUAGUCUCCGAGACGAGAUCCUAGACCUCAAAGAUGAGAUUCUCCGACAUAGCGAGUGCAACAGCGACAUCAUCCAGAACUACAUCGCGAAGGCCGCCCGAGAUGUGAACUGAAUUGUGAUCUUGCGCAACAGCGAACGGCGAUAGAGCCGGGGUAAUAAUGGGUACCUAGAACACACGACAACGAUAACAAUAACGACGGUGGCGUGGCGCGGUACAGGGGAAAAGGGGUAAAUGGGAAGUCAGGGUUCGGUAGUAGGGUAACGGGGCGUCGUUAUAACGAUGAUUUAAUGUGUCAUGAU